AUGCCGCCCAUGUCACUUGCAGCGCCAGGGGGUGAGGUGAGGGUCACUCUCAUCAUACGCAGCAUCAAACGCUGGAAGAGAAGCAUCCUCCAGCCAGGCAACAGCGCGCAGGAGCACAUCCCCAGCACCUACAAAGGCUCUUCCGAUGCUCACCGCAUGGCAGCCCCACGAGGGCCAGGGGUAGGGGCAGUGGGGGAACGCCGUUCUGAGGACCAGGAGGAAGCUGUCCCUGAAAAUACGCCCCGAAGCGGUACCUGGGUGGCACAUGAGGUCACCCAACUCAGUCACACUGCCCCGGAGAAGAAGGAACAGAGGCCACAACCACUGCUGUCCUCCUCUGUGGUUCGCUCUGGCAGCAAGUACGAUCCGGCGCUGCAGGAAAGACGCUGUCGAUCCCCGAUGGCUCUACCGGCCGUCUGCCUGCACCGCGAUCGAACGAGGAACUGGGGACAGAGCGCACCCACCGCCUCCGGCGCUCGGGCAGGGCGCGCCCCCAGCCCCCAGCCUUCGCUCCAGGACCUCAGGGCUCUCAUCGUCGUCGUCUUGGUGCUGUCGGUGAGUCUCCGCUCGCGAAGUCGCGCUCGUUUGCCGGGAGAAGGGGGGGCGGGGCGGGGCACUAGGCACUCACUGUCACGUAUUCUUGUGGCCAUCUGCCCUGUCUAUGGGGUAUCGCCUUCGAAGUCACAGCUGCCUCAUGCAUGCCCACAGAGCAGGGACGAUUUUACCAGCAAAUCGCUGCCCCAGAGGCAGGGAGUCGCAGCCCCAUGGGAGUGUCCAGCAGGGUUCCAUGUGGAGGAAGCCAGUGGAGAGUGUGUCCGCUGCACAGACGGAGUGGAUUACACCAGUGUUUCCAACAGCCUCUCUUCUUGCUUACGCUGCACGGUUUGCAAAUCAGGCGAAGAAGGAGGAAGACCCCUGCACAGCAACUGCGGACACACGGGUGUGAGUGCAAGCCUGGAACUUUCCGUGACGAAAACUCCACCCGAGUUCUGCCAGAAGUGCCGCACAAGACCCUUGACCUGGAUGAGGUUCCCCCUCCCCCGGGCUCCCGCUGCAGCCAGGGAGGCCCAGGGCAGGCCUUGCAGAGAAGGCCCAGCGCCUGAGGAAGGGGCAGCUCUGAACACUCCGCAGGAGCCCUGGGGGCUGAAGUGCCCAAGCUCUGAUCCUUCUCGCAGCCAACAAGGCGGGUGCCCUGAUGGGAUGGUCAUGGCCACGCCGUGUACCCCCUCGAGUGACCUCAAGUGUGUGCUUCAAGAGUCAGGUACCCCGGCCAGUGGGGAGGCCCUGGAUCCUGGAGAGCCAGUGACCACGAACCUGCAACCGCCCACCGCAUCCUCUCCCUCCUCAGGGAAUUUAAAAGUGGGUGGCCGAAGAGCAGCUCUUUCUCCAGCUUCUUUUAUGGUGGUGGUGAUCGCAUGCUGGCUCUGCAAGUGCAAAGUUCAAGGUGAGGGAGGUGCUGUAAGGGGACUCUCCCCGCUGCUCAAGCGGCUGCUGCUUCUCUUCCAGGUUGUGACUGCACCGCAAAUUCAUGGACAAGAUGGACCCUGGGGCUGGGGGUUGUCCAGCAGGGGUGCUGAGCCCCCCCUUAGCACAGCACCAGGGUCCUGGGGCCAUCGGCAGGGCCAUGGAUGUGCUGAGUCUGUACCCAGCUGGGGGCACAGCAUGGGAGUAUGGACUCCUGAGUCAGCUCUUUGCCCUCCCAAGGUCCUUUUCUGGCGACCACAUCCCUCAAGAGGGCCGGAGGCUCUGGACAAUGCCCGCAACGACACCCUGGUCAAUAGAGACUGCCUGUCCUCUCCAGUCUCUGAUCAGGAGGUAGAAGACCCUGAGCAGGUGGAGCCAACGGGAGUACAGUCCUCAGGGGAAGCAGACCAUCUACUGAGACCCGGGAGGACAGGUGGCUGCCCGGGUCACUCAGCGAAUCCGGGACCCCUGACGAAGACCGAGACCUUUCUCCACUGCGUUUCACAGGAACCGGCAGCAGCUGAAGGGUCUCGGGUGCGCAGAGGGCCACUGGUUCCUGCAGACGGUGAAGACCCCACAGAAUGCUUGAGGCAGUUCUUUGAUGACUUUUCCACCAUCGUGCCUUAUGAUGCCUGGGACAAACUCAUGAGGAAGAUGGGCCUCACCCAAAAUGAGAUCCUGCAGAGCAGAGAUCGUGCCCAGAACACCGGGGAUGCCUUGUAUGAGAUGCUGGAGACCUGGGUCCGCCGCAAAGGGCGGGAGGCCUCAGUCAACGACCUCCUCGAUGCCUUAGCAGCACUGGGGCAGAGACACGCAAAGGAGAAAAUUGAGGACACGCUGGUGGGCUCCGGAAAGUUCGUCUUCAAAGAAGGUGAAGCUGGUGCUGCUGUGUCCUGAGUGUUUGAGGACCUCAUCUUCCAGUUCUGGACUCGUUUUUUAUCCAAAUGGACUUGCACUUUUUACUCUCACGUAUUACAAUAGAAUCUAUUUUUU